AUGGGCAACUGCUUCGGCAAACCAAAGUCCGACAACUUCUCCAGUCAAGGCCAGACCCUCGGCAGCAAUCCACCUCCAAAGCCCGUCACUUCCACUCCGGCACCCAAAUCCGCUGUCGCAGCCACAUACUCGCCAACGCCCAAGGGAGGCCGUACACUCGGUGCUUCUCCGUCUCCAGGGACUAGCGAUCCCCGCACUGCCGCCGCCAUGGCUGCCGAGAACCGCAACCAACCGAAACCAGCAAGAGGCAAACUGGGCAAGCAACUAGACGCGCAAAGGGCACAGACGCAAAACGAAACCAGGAACGAAGCUAGCAGAGAGGCCCUGUUGGCUAGAAACGCAGACGCCAAUGCUGAAGCCAGAAGAUACAACUGA